AGAUUAAGUCUCCGGUUGUUCGUAGAUAAGAAAAGAUUUGGGAAGGAAGGAGAUAAGAAAAAAGAAUUUCAAUGGCUUCCUUAUCCAUCUCCGUUGUAGCUUCGGCUUCGUCGCGUUUAUGUCAUCCUUCUUCAUCAAACGGGAAGAUUGGCGUCCCUUCCGCCUCGCUUUCUCUCAGCACAGGCUCGAGACGGGCUCCGUUUUCUCUGAGCUCUUCAGCUUCAGCUUCAGCUUCUUCUCAGCUGCUCCAUUGCUCGUUUCUCUCUUCAUCUCUUUCCCUCGCAUCUUCAUUUUCCGGUUUGUCAGUUGCGUUUGAUCUCAGCAGUGGAACCAGUGGGGGCCUGGAUAGCCAGAAACGAAGAGGUCUUGUGGUGCGAGCUGGAAAAGCUGCUCUGUGUCAAACGAAGAGGAGCAGGUCAAGAAAGUCUCUGGCUAGGACUCAUGGUUUCCGUUUGAGGAUGAGAACCACCAGCGGUAGAGCGACCAUCAAGCGCCGACGUGCCAAGGGUCGUUGGAAUCUCUGCCCUAAGUCCAACCCUAGCAGCGGCAAACGGGCUUGAAGCUCGUCUCUCCCCUCACUCUAUCUGUAAUCUUGUUUGAUAUGCCUUUUCUGCCAAAAGAUACAAUGAGAAAACAUGUGUCGAUGAGCUCCUUUCUGCUUUUAACUCUUUAUGUAUUCUUGAUUCGGUAUGUCAUCACAUUGCGCAAUAGUAUUGUGGUAUUGCCUUGUUGAAUUUGAAUCUAA